AUGGCUGACGGUGUUUUCCAAGGUGCUAUUGGUAUCGAUUUAGGUACAACCUAUUCAUGUGUUGCUACAUACGAUUCAGCAGUUGAAAUUAUUGCAAAUGAACAAGGUAACAGAGUUACUCCAUCUUUUGUCGCUUUCACUAGUGAAGAAAGAUUAAUUGGGGAUGCUGCUAAAAAUCAAGCUGCUUUAAACCCAGCCAAUACUGUUUUCGACGCAAAAAGAUUAAUUGGAAGAGCUUUCGAUGAUGAAGCAGUUCAAAAAGAUAUUAAAUCAUGGCCAUUCAAAGUUGUUGAACAAAACGGUCAACCACAAAUUGAAGUUGAAUAUUUAGAAGAAACCAAAACUUUCUCACCACAAGAAAUUUCAUCAAUGGUUUUAACAAAAAUGAAAGAAAUUGCUGAAGCUAAAAUUGGUAAAAAAGUUGAAAAAGCUGUUAUCACUGUUCCAGCUUAUUUCAAUGAUGCUCAAAGACAAGCCACUAAAGAUGCAGGUGCCAUUGCUGGUUUAAAUGUUUUGAGAAUUAUUAAUGAACCAACCGCCGCAGCUAUUGCUUAUGGUUUAGGUGCAGGUAAAUCAGAAAAAGAAAGACAUGUCCUUAUUUUCGAUUUAGGUGGUGGUACUUUCGAUGUUUCAUUAUUAAACAUUACUGGUGGUGUUUUCACCGUUAAAGCCACUGCUGGUGACACUCAUUUAGGUGGUCAAGAUUUCGAUACCAACUUAUUAGAACAUUUCAAAAAAGAAUUUAAUAAAAAAACUGGAUCAGAUAUUUCUGGUGAUGCUAGAGCUUUAAGAAGAUUGAGAACUGCUUGUGAAAGAGCUAAAAGAUCAUUAUCAUCAGGUACUCAAACCACUGUUGAAAUUGAUUCAUUAUUUGAUGGUGAAGAUUUCCAAGCUAAUAUUACCAGAGCUAGAUUCGAAGAUAUCAAUUCAGCUUUAUUCAAAUCAACUUUAGAACCAGUUGAACAAGUAUUAAAAGAUGCUAAAAUUAAUAAGUCACAAGUUGACGAAGUUGUCUUAGUUGGUGGUUCAACCAGAAUUCCAAAAGUUCAAAAAUUAUUAUCAGAUUUCUUUGAUGGUAAACAAUUAGAAAAAUCAAUCAACCCUGAUGAAGCUGUUGCUUACGGUGCCGCUGUUCAAGGUGCUAUUUUAACUGGUCAAUCAACUAACGAUGAAACUAAAGAUUUAUUAUUAUUAGAUGUUAUUCCAUUAUCUUUGGGUGUUGCUAUGCAAGGUAAUGUCUUUGCUCCAGUCGUCCCAAGAAACACAACUGUCCCAACCAUCAAAAGAAGAACUUUCACCACCGUUGCUGAUCAUCAAACCACUGUUCAAUUCCCAGUUUAUCAAGGUGAACGUGUUAACUGUACUGAAAACACUUUAUUAGGUGAAUUUGACUUGAAAAAUAUCCCACCAAUGCAAGCUGGUGAACCAGUUUUAGAAGCUAUUUUUGAAGUUGAUGCUAAUGGUAUCUUAAAAGUUACUGCUGUUGAAAAAUCAACUGGUAGAUCAGCUAAUAUUACAAUCUCAAACUCAAUUGGUAGAUUAUCAACUGAAGAAAUCGAAAAAAUGAUCAAUGAUGCUGAAAAAUUCAAAUCAUCAGAUGACGCUUUCGCUAAAAGACAUGAACAAAAACAAAAAUUAGAAGCUUAUGUUGCCUCAGUUGAAUCAACUGUCACAGACCCAGUCUUAAGUGCUAAAUUGAAAAAAUCAGCUAAAGAUAAGAUUGAAACUGCUUUAUCUGAUGCUUUACAAACUUUAGAAAUUGAAGAUUCAAGUGCUGACGAUUAUAGAAAAGCUGAAUUAACUUUGAAGAGAGCUGUUACCAAAGGUAUGGCUACUCGUUAA